AUGAACAAGGUCCGCUCGUUCGACCCCGUCUCCGGCAUUCUUGUUGUUGACGCCGGAGCGAUCCUCGAGACCACUGACAACUUCUUGGAAUCGCAAGGAUUCAUCUUCCCUCUCGACCUCGGAGCCAAGGGCUCCUGUCAAAUUGGCGGCAAUGUCGCGACCAACGCAGGAGGCUUGCGCCUUCUCCGCUACGGUUCUCUGCACGGCACAGUUCUAGGUCUCGAGGUUGUCCUCCCGGACGGCACCAUCUGGAACGGGUUGAGCAAGUUGAGGAAAGACAACACCGCCCAGAACGUCGCCGCGUUUGCUGUCUCUUCGUACGAAGGUGUCCAAGAGGUCUUUGCGGACGCCAAAAAGUAUCUCGGCGAGAUCCUUUCCGCAUUCGAGUUUUGGGAUGCUCAAGCUUACACGCUUGUCCGCAAGGUUCUCGAGGAAAAUGGCGUGGAACGUGAGGUCUUCGAGGAGGAAGGUCCCUUCUACUGCCUUAUCGAGACCGGUGGCAGUAAUGCUGAGCACGACGCAGAGGAUCUUAUGGAGAAGAACAAGGUCCUGACUGGCGUACUCUCCCAAGACGACACGCAGUUUAAAUCUAUCUGGGCACUCCGUGAACUCCUUCCAGAGUCUUGCGGAAAAGCUGGGGCCGUCUACAAAUACGAUCUUUCCGUGCCCGUUGGCGAGAUGUACGAGAUCGUGGAGAAGAUGAGGGAGAGGCUCCGCGAGAGGGGGCUGCUCAAGGGUGAUGGAGCGGCCGGUGACCCUAUCCGUGCUGUUGUAGGAUAUGGGCACAUGGGCGACGGUAAGUGUCGUGAGCAUUUGUCACCGCUGAUAGCAGGCAACCUCCACCUGAACAUCGUUGCCGACAAGUACACGGACGAGAUUGAACAAGCCAUCGAACCCUACGUGUACGAGAUUGUCUCUGAGAAGUCGGGUAGUAUCUCCGCUGAGCACGGCCUCGGAGUCAUGAAAGCACCCCACGUCCAUUACUCCCAGUCCGACGUGUCCAUCGAUCUGAUGCGCAAGCUGAAGCACCUGUUCGAUCCGAAGGGUGUCCUCAACCCUUACAAGUACAUCCAGUGA